GUACCACAUAAUCUGUAUGGUGACCAGUUACUGAUGAUUUACAUGACAAAAGCUGCUUGGUAACUUUUGGGGGGUGUUCUGAUGACACCGCCAACUUGUUGUCCCCCUUUUAUCAAGGUAGGACAUUUUUGUAUCCAUGUCUAUACAAUAGAGAAUUUAAGAAUAUCUACAUAAGAAGGAGAACCUGAUGGAUUCCCGAGCCAGUGAAAUCCCUACCACCGGUAGUGAUGACGCCACCAGCCUGUACAACGAACCUGACCAGCUGAUGCGAGUUGUGGAGUGUCUGACUUCCCAGCGCAGACACGUGCCACUAUGGUACCUGUACGAUACACGUGGGUCGGAGCUAUGCGAGGAGAUGAUACAAACAUCAAAGAGCUACAAACUUUGGCACCACGAAUAUAACAUACUUCGGAGCCACGCAGACGACAUCGCCAGCAAAGUCUCAUUCCCAGCCGUUCUUAUUGACCUCGGCAGUGCUGCUUCCUCCAAGACUCGGCUGAUCAUAGAGGCUCUACUGAAGCGGCACGGGAAGUUCACGUUUGUGCCAGUGGACACGGCAAAGGAAUUUAUUGAGACCUGUGGUCGGCAGCUGCAGAGAGACUAUGCCGGCCUAACUGUGGAACCCUUUGGUGGGAUGUUCAUGGACGGUGUACGACACUCUGCCGCCAGAACUGGUGCCAAGUUACUGCUGUUCCUGGGCUCCAGCAUUGGUGAUGUCUCUAUCUAUGAGCAGCUGAAGAUGCUUCAGGACAUCCGGGCACAGCUUAGUGAACAGGACAGAUUCGUGUGUGGGGUCGACAUGAACACAGACCGAGAAACUUUGUCUGAGGCUUACGGCGAGCAGUGGAUUCCAAUAUGGCGAGACAACCUGAUCUCACGUCUUAAUAAGGACUUUGGGGGAGAUAUGAACCAUGAGAUGUUCAAGUACAACUUCGAAUUUGUGGAGAACCCUGCAGAUGGGGACACACCAAGUUAUGUUCAGUUGUCCCUCAGCAGCUCCGGCAAACAACGGGUGCACUUUGGAAAACUUGGCCUCGACGUUGACUUUCAAGAUGGCGAAAGAAUCUAUUUCUACGACGGACCGAACACCAGCUGCAAGUGGAACCUGAAGCAGCUGCGCCGCUUAGCGGAGAGGAGCGGCUUUGCAGUAGAUGCGUGCUGGGCAAAUGAUGAGGGUAAUUAUUGUGUCAUCUGCUUGGCACCUGCAGACGUCAGAAGACUGUCUGUUUAACUUUCUCAGGAGAAUUAAAACUGUAUUUGUGCUGCAGACAUGAAGCUAGGAAAGAUAGAUGCAAGUCUAGAUUUAACUAUCACGGACUGUGCCAGAACAUACUCUGUUUUUAUGUAAAAGUUUCUUCAUCUUGUAUUAGGCCACACUGACUUGAUGACAUCAUUUGGAUACAUCAAAAUUGAUGUGGACACAAAAAGAAGAAAGAGUGAUGGCAAAGGUUAUAAAAUAUCUGACCACCCAGAACAGUUUAUCAUGAUAAACAAUAAAUCCUGUAUCAUUGUUCUUGAAUCUAGAUGAAAGUUGCGGGUAUGAUCAUAUGUUUUUCCAUCCAGAAUAAACUACAUAAGCCAACGUACGCUACGAUUCAAACCAAGCAAAAGUUAUACACGCCCUUGAUGAUGAACACCAUCCACACACAAACACAUCUGCCCUUGAUGAUGAACACCAUCCACACACAAACACAUCUGUCCUUGGUGCUGAAG